AUGGUUGAUUCAUGGAUGUGUCCAUCGGAUGGCAAAUGCAAUAUAAAUGUAAUGACGAGACGGAUGUGUCGUAAAUGCAGACUUGAAAAGUGUUUGGCUGUCGGCAUGAAAAAGGAAUUAAUACGAAGUGACGAUGAGAUUAAACGCCGAAAAGAAAACAAAUUACAAUAUAAACUCAGCGAUGAAUCCCAUAAUUGUAUUGACUUCUCGGCUAAUAAUUUAGAUAUUGAUUCAAUUAUUAGCGACACAACUAUUGAUAAAAACUUUACUGAUUAUAAUGGUAUCAAUCAAUUGGAGUCCAAACGCAUAGAAGAACUACUGAACGCUUCGAUUAUAUUUAAUUAUCCAUUGGAUAGCAAUGCGAGUAUACAUAAGAUUAAGGCUUACGACGAUAUUUUUAAUAAUAUUUGUGCCGACGAUAAGUAUGCGCUUAUGAAAUACGGGGGCAGAGAUGUGGCGCUAAUCCGUUGUCUAAAACUCGAACAACAACUUGCGAUUAACAUUGCAUUUAUAGCCCGAAACUUUGGUGCCAUGACUUGUGAGUCCUGUAAGUCAUUCUUUAGGAGGAAUGGACUUAAAAAUGAGAUAUCUAAUUGUGCCUCAAAUGGCAAAUGCAUUAUAAAUGUGAUGACGAGAAGACUGUGUACUAAAUGCAGGCUUGAAAAAUGUUUAGCUGUUGGCAUGAAAUCGGAAUUAAUACGAAGUGAUGAACAAAACAAAUGUCGCAAAGAAUUGAUUAAAGAAAACAAAUCAAAACAUAAAACGAGAGAUGAAUCCCAGAAUUGUACAAUCCGUGAUUAUAAUGGUAUCAAUCAAUUGGAGUCCAAACGCAUAUCAGAACUACUGAUCGCUUCCAACACUAUAUUUAAACAUCCGCUACAAAGCAAUGCAAUUAUACAUAGGAUUAAGGAUUGGGACGAAUUUGCGGACAAAUUCAAAGAUUAUAACGAAUUAUUUAUUAGAUUAAUAAUUCAAUUCACAAAAAGUCUGAACGGUUUCAACAAUAUCUGUGCCGACGAUAAGUAUGCGCUCAUGAAAUGUGGGAUCAGAGAUCUGACAUUUUAUAACACCAAUUUUGACAGCAAUCGCAUUAUUUAA